AUGCGUUCGUUCCAGAGUGCCGCCCGCUCUGCUUCGCGCAACUUUUGCGCUGCACAAUGGCGACCCAGCCUGCCGAAUUCGAUGCUCGCCGGCGCAACUCGGCCGUUAUCGGUGCACUCGAGACCACUGCACAGCGGACAGCCGCGAAAGUCCUCGUCAGAGACCGCUCAAACGACGCUUAAAGAUACGAGUAGCUCUGCUAUGUCAUUCCCUUGCCUCGACGCUCAAGAAGCCAAAUCAGCAUUGCUCUCGGCGCGAUCGUUGCAAUCGGGGCCCGAACCUUCAUACACCACCGGCCACCACGAGCAAUUCCACUGUGAUGACCCGCUCCUUCUUGACUGGGGUGGCGUGCUGCCCGAGUUCGAUAUCGCCUACGAGACUUGGGGUCAAUUGAACAACGACAAGAGCAAUGCAAUCCUCUUGCAUACUGGUUUGUCAGCAUCGAGUCAUGCGCAUAGCACUGCAUCCAACCCGAAGCCUGGCUGGUGGGAGAAGUUCAUUGGGCCCGGUCUGCCUCUCGAUACAAACAAAUACUUCGUCAUCUGCACAAAUGUGCUUGGAGGCUGCUACGGCAGCACUGGACCUUCAUCGAAGGGCCCAUCCGAUGGGAAGCCAUAUGCGACUCGUUUCCCGAUCCUCACACUGGACGACAUGGUCCGCGCCCAGUUCAGGCUUUUGGAUGCUUUGAAUAUCCAGAAAUUGGCAGCUUCUGUCGGUUCCAGUAUGGGCGGUAUGCAAAGUCUGGCUGCGGGUACCCUGUUCCCCGAGCGCGUAGGCAAGAUCGUCAGCAUCAGCGGCUGCGCUCGCAGCCACCCGUACAGUAUCGCGAUGCGACACACCCAGCGACAGGCAUUGAUGAUGGAUCCUAACUGGGCGCGCGGAUUCUACUAUGACGCCAUCCCACCGCACUCUGGGAUGAAGCUGGCUCGGGAGAUCGCCACAGUCACCUACCGCAGUGGCCCUGAAUGGGAGAUGCGUUUCGGCCGCCAGCGCGCCGAUCCAAGUAAACAGCCAGCCCUGUGCCCAGAUUUCCUCAUCGAGACAUACCUCGACCACGCGGGCGAGAAGUUCUGUCUCGAGUACGACGCCAACAGUCUGUUGUAUGUCUCCAAGGCAAUGGACCUCUUCGACCUGGGCCACGCCCACCAGUCCGCAGCUCGUCGCCGUCGCGCUGAGGCUGAAGCUCGCAUCGCAAGCGGUGGUUUUUCUCCCAGCGUCGCCGACCCCGCCUGCAGCCUGACUCUCCCCGACAAGCCUUACGAGGAACAGCCCGAGGCAACAGCGAAUGUUCCCCUAUCUGACCAGUCCGUAUCACCCCAAGAACCAGGUGGACCCCCAGAGGACCUCGUCGCUGGCCUUGCACCUCUGAAGAACCACGAACUACUCGUCAUGGGCGUUGCAAGCGACAUCCUCUUCCCCGCAUGGCAACAGCGCGAGAUUGCCGAGACCCUUCGUGCCGGUGGUAAUAAGACCGUCGAACACAUUGAACUCGGCGAGGACAUCUCGAUGUUUGGUCACGAUACUUUCCUUCUCGACCUGAAGAAUAUUGGUGGUGCGCUGGGCCGCUUUUUGCAGUAG